AUGAGAUUCCAGACGGUGCUUGCUGGUGUUGCCACGCUGGCGACGAGCUGUUCCGCUUGCGACAGCUGUUUUGGUCCCAUCAAUCGCGUCGAACAUGUCCGCCAAGUCAAGCGCAUGCAAUCUGAUGCCCAUAAUGCGACCUAUGGACCGACAAGGGCAUUGGAAUGGGGCCAGUUGAACUUCUUGCACACUACAGAUACUCAUGGUUGGCUCGAGGGGCACUUGAAGGAAACCAACUAUGGUGCCGACUGGGGAGACUUUGUCAGUUUCGCCGCUCAGAUGAAGGCCAAGGCGAGAGAAUUGGGAGUCGACCUUCUGUUGGUUGACACCGGUGACCUUCACGACGGCGCAGGUUUGAGCGACUCCACUGAUCCGGAUGGCGAAGUGUCCAACAUUGUCUUUGAGAAGCUCGACUACGACCUCUUGACUAUUGGUAACCAUGAACUUUACCUCGCCGACGUUGCCUACCAAGACUACAACGAAUUCUCCAAGUUCUGGGGCGAGAAGUACCUUACUUCUAACGUGCAGAUACUGAACCCGAACACCAGCGAGUACGAGUACUUGGGCAACCAGUACAGGCACUUCACCACGGAGAACGGUCUCAGGAUUCUAGCCUUCGGAAUUCUCUUCGACUUCACUGGCAACGCGAAUGUCACUCGGGUUACUCCGGCCGAGACCAUGGUCAACGAAACAUGGUUUGUAGACGCCAUCAACACGUCUGACCCCGUAGAUCUUUUUCUCCUGAUCGGGCACAAUACGGCGCUUCCACAGGACGGCACCGGGACGUUUCAAUUUGUUCACGACGCAAUCCGAAACGUGCAUCCCAGCACCCCUAUUCAGAUCUUUGGCGGUCACAGUCAUAUCCGUGAUUUCGUCGUGUAUGACGAAGCCAGCACAGCUUUGGAAUCAGGACGUUACUGUGAAACUCUCGGCUGGUUGUCCAUGUCGGGAUUUAGCAAGAACUCGAGCGGCUAUACGGGUGUUUCCGCACCAGAGGGAGUGCCAGCCCCUAGCCGCAAGGCGACCAAUACGUCUCUGGCUCCGUGGAAUUACUCGCGCCGAUACCUCGACUGGAACAGGUUGACCUUUGAGUAUCAUGCUAUUGGUUCCCAGACAAACCGGACCUUCGACACUCAGGCCGGUUUGGACACAACAUCCGAACUCAAGUCCUUCCGCGCACAGCUCAACCUUACUGACUUGUACAGAUGUGCUCCUCAAUACUGGUGCAUGUCGUGCGCUGAGUUUAACAGCUCUGGCAGCAUCUACUCUCUUUUGACUGAGGCCUUGAGCAGUGUCGUGGUCAAUUCGACCCGAGCGGACAAAUCAAGACUUACCCUCGUCAACACGGGUAGUAUUCGUUUCGACCUGCACAAGGGGCCCUUCACCCACGACGACAGCUUCAUCGUUUCACCUUUUGUCGACAUCUUCAUGUACAUCCCCGAUGUGCCGUACUCUCUAGCCAGUGGCGCUCUGGACUACUUGAACCAGUAUGGUUCAGUCUGGAAAAGGGACAACCUAAAUCCCAUGCCUCUCCCUGCUCAGGAUAGCUGCAUUGACCCCUUCCUGGCUCCCAUGUCCGAGAUGAAGGCCCGCGACCCCCAUGCCGGCCACUCACGUCGGCAGACCGUAGAGCUCACCCAGGGCUAUAUCACCACCGAUGCCUUUGGUACCGAUGGUGACGACACGGUGCACUCUGAAAUUCCUUCGUACUCCUACCCGCACUUCUUUCAGGCGAUGGGUGGUUUCCGAGCAAUGGAAGUACCCCCGACGUGUAUCCAGUCUGAAGUUCUGGAGUAUCUGGGCGACGGCUAUUCAGAGACCGAUGCGUCUUAUUACAUUGAUGAGAGUUUCUCAACGCAGUCGUACCUGCCGUUGUUUGUGCAGCAAUCUGAGCUGUUUCAGAAAAAUAUCAACAACUGUACAAUUUAUUAG